GCUGCUCAGUUUUGGAGUGCACGUUGACACUUUGAAACCCCAAAAAAGAAAGAAGAAAAAUUUAUAUAAAUUGAAGAACAGUUACCAACUACACAACAAAACACUCUCUCUAUUUUUUUAAUUUUAAAAUUCUCCCUAUCUUUUUCCAAGAACCACACUCAACUUAUAUAUAAUACAUUCAUCUUUUUGUAAAAUUAUUUUUGGGUUUUGUUUGAUUUCAAGUUUCUAGAGUGCCCAUUUAAUCAAAAGGAAAAAAGAUUAAAGCUUUUUUUAGUGUUUGCAUUCAUGGGGGUUGUUCAACUAAUGAGUUAAUAGGUUAAACAGAAGAAAAAGAUUGUAUUUUUAUGUUUGAAUUGUUGAACAAGUAUUUAACUGGUGAGGGUUGUACUUUUACCAAAAUGGUAUUAAUAUUUGAACAAUAUUAAGUAAUGGGUUUCUGUUUUUCUACUUUUUGAGGAUUACAAUUAUGGAUCUGGAACCUGGGUUUUAUCAAAACCAAGUAAAGAAGGAAUCAUGGAAAACAGUGUUAACUUUGGCAUACCAAAGCUUAGGAGUUGUGUAUGGAGAUUUAAGCAUUUCACCAUUGUAUGUGUACAAGAGCACGUUUGCUGAAGAUAUUCAGCACUCAGAGACAAAUGAAGAGAUUUUUGGGGUUCUGUCUUUUGUGUUUUGGACACUUACUUUAGUGCCUUUGUUGAAAUAUGUGUUUAUAGUGUUGAGAGCUGAUGAUAAUGGGGAAGGAGGGACUUUUGCUUUGUAUUCUUUGUUGUGUCGACAUGCCCGAGUCAACUCGCUGCCUAAUUGCCAGUUAGCAGAUGAGGAUUUGUAUGAGUAUAAGAAAGAUGGUCUUGGUUUGAAUUCGGUGCCGAAUACUUGUUUUGGUGGGAGAUUGAAAUCUACUUUGGAGAAACAUAGAGUGUUGCAGAGGUUUUUGCUUGUCUUGGCUUUGAUUGGGACUUGUAUGGUGAUUGGUGAUGGUGUCUUAACCCCUGCUAUCUCUGUAUUUUCUGCAGUUUCUGGCCUUGAACUUUCAAUGCAAAAAGAGCAUCAUAAGUAUGUAGAAGUUCCAGUUGCAUGCAUCAUACUGAUAGCCUUGUUUGCCCUUCAACAUUAUGGCACCCACAGGGUUGGUUUCUUGUUUGCGCCGGUGGUUCUGACAUGGCUUUUGUGCAUCAGCACCAUUGGAUUAUAUAACAUUUUGCACUGGAAUCCUCAUGUUUAUCAAGCCUUAUCACCGUAUUAUAUGUAUAAGUUUUUGAGGAAAACUCAAAGAGGAGGCUGGAUGUCCUUAGGCGGGAUUCUAUUGUGCAUAACAGGCUCAGAAGCUAUGUUUGCUGAUCUAGGACAUUUUUCUCAAUUGUCAAUAAAGAUUGCUUUCACCUCAUUGGUUUAUCCAUCCUUGGUUCUUGCAUAUAUGGGGCAAGCUGCCUAUCUAUCUCAACAUCAUUUUGAAGCUCGUGACUACCGAAUUGGAUUUUAUGUCUCGGUACCAGAUAAAUUAAGAUGGCCGGUUCUUGUUAUAGCCAUACUUGCUGCAGUGGUCGGAAGCCAGGCUAUCAUCACCGGAACUUUUUCAAUCAUCAAACAAUGCUCUUCUUUAGGUUGCUUCCCUAAAGUUAAAAUUGUCCACACAUCAUCCAAAAUCCAUGGCCAAAUCUACAUCCCUGAGAUUAACUGGACUUUGAUGCUGUUGUGUUUGGCGGUAACUGUUGGUUUCCGUGAUACAAGACGCAUGGGCAAUGCCUCAGGUUUGGCGGUUAUAACUGUUAUGCUGGUUACCACUUGCCUAAUGUCUUUGGUCAUCGUCUUAUGUUGGCACAAGAAUGUCUUCCUAGCGAUAUGCUUCGUUUUCUUUUUUGGCGCAAUUGAAGCUCUGUACUUCACUGCUUCCCUGGUAAAGUUCCUAGAAGGGGCGUGGGUCCCAAUUGCCCUUGCAUUCACAUUCUUGAUCAUAAUGUGUGUCUGGCACUACGGAACGCUUAAAAAGUACGAAUUUGAUGUCCAAAACAAGGUCUCUAUUAACUGGUUAUUAAGCUUGGGUCCCAGCCUUGGUAUUGUGCGAGUCCGGGGAAUUGGCCUCAUUCACACUGAGCUCGUCUCCGGAAUCCCAGCAAUUUUCUCUCACUUCGUCACCAACCUUCCAGCGUUCCACCAAGUCCUAGUCUUCCUCUGCAUUAAAUCUGUUCCGGUUCCACAUGUUAGACCGGAGGAACGGUUUCUAAUAGGUCGUAUUGGUCCUAGAGAAUAUAGGCUGUAUAGAUGCAUUGUAAGGUAUGGAUAUCGCGAUGUUCACAAGGAUGAUAUGGAGUUUGAGAAAGAUCUCGUAUGUAGCAUUGCAGAGUUUAUCCGCUCUGGGAGUUCAGAGGCCAAUGGUGGUGCAAGCGAUGAUACGACAAAGGAAGAUGAUAAAAUGUCAGUAGUUGGGACAUGUUCGACUCAUACCGACAGGAUCCAAAUAAGUGACGAUGAAGUUGGUAACGGGGAGUUGGCGAGCACUUCCGAGUCGAGAGAAAUAAAAUCACCACGAGUGACCAACACACGGAAACGUGUAAGAUUUAUCAUCCCUGAAAGCCCUAAAAUCGACCAAGGUGCAAGGGAAGAGUUGCAAGAACUCAUGGAAGCAAGGGAAGCCGGAGUUGCUUACAUUCUCGGGCACUCAUAUAUGCGAGCAAAGCAAGGAUCGGGUAUGAUAAAGAAGCUUGUAAUUAAUUACGGAUACGAGUUCCUAAGGAGGAACAGCAGGGCGCCGGCAUAUGAACUAAGCGUGCCUCAUGCAUCUACUCUAGAGGUAGGAAUGGUUUACCAUGUUUGAUUUUGGUAUACAGGAUAUAUACUUUUUCAUGUACAGUUUGUAAUUUUGUGCCAUAGAUUAAAGCCACCAGAGUUAAAAGUGGUGGAUGAUAGAGCUAAUGUAGCAUCUUGUUCAGUUUAUCUCAUACCUUUGAUGCUA